UUUACUCAGGCAGAUGUUAUCACCUCCAGUAAAGAUGACGCUGGGCUCAGAGGGGCUUAGAGACAGGUAGCACCAGGCAGCUCUGUCCUGCGCUGUACAGGUUCACCAAGUCGGAUGUCUUUUUUAAUCCAAAUAUGUCUAAGCAUGAUGCAGAGAAAGGGAGCACUGGACAGAGAGUCUGGAAGUUUGCGUUCUAGUCCUAGCUGUGCCACUGAAUCAUCUUAGGCAAGUGUUUGCCCCUUUCUGGCUCAGUCUUCCCUGACAGACAGUCAAGGGUUUCAAAUGGUCAGAUGAUCCGCCAGAACCCUGUCUUUGGCAUUGCUAACAAUAGUAACAGCAAUCCUAAUUAUUAUUUUUUCCUACUUUGACACACAAGGCCCUGCUUGAGCAGCCCCUGUCUACCCAAAGCACCAGACUCCUUGCCCUGCCUCAGGACCUUUGCACUGGCUGUUUGCAGUGCCAGGAACACUAAACCACCUUCAUUCCCCGCAUAGUCAUUCUUCAGAUCUCCACUGAAAGUUCACUUGCUUAGGAAGUUCCCUGACGACAAGGACUAGAUGGGGUCUCUGGAUUUAUAUCCUCACGGAUCUUCUGCUGUGAAGACAUUACCCAAGUGCCAGCAAAUCGGACCCACCAGGCCUGGAAAGAGAAGACCUUUAGUGUGUGGAGGGGUGGUCUUGUCCAGCUCGGUGUUCCUUCACGUGGGGCAGAGCUGGGGUGGACCUGGCCCCCUCCUGCAGAUCAUGGCGCGCUGGCUACAGAUCCGACUGCUGACGUGGGAUGUGAAGGACACACUGGUCAGGCUCCGCCGCCCGGUGGGGGAGGAAUACGCCACCAAGGCCCGGGCCCAUGGGCUGGAGGUGGAGGCCGCGGCCCUGGGUGAAGCCUUCGGGCAGGCGUACAAGGCUCAGAGCCACAGCUUCCCCAACUAUGGCCUGAGCCACGGCCUCACCUCCCGCCGUUGGUGGCUGGGUGUGGUCCUACAGACCUUCCACCUCGCAGGUGUUCGGGAUGCCCAGGCAGUAGUCCCCAUCGCUGAGCAGCUGUAUGAGGACUUCAGCAGCCCCGGAACCUGGCAGGUGUUAGAGGGUGCCGAGGCCACCCUGAGGGGGUGCCGGAAACGAGGUCUGAGGCUGGCAGUGGUCUCCAACUUCGACCGGCGACUGGAGGAUAUCCUGGUGGGUCUUGGCCUGCGGGAACACUUUGACUUUGUGCUGACCUCCGAGGCUGUUGGCUGGCCCAAGCCGGACUCCCGAAUCUUCCAUGAGGCCUUGCGACUUGCUCAGGUGGAACCGGCGGUGGCAGCCCAUGUUGGGGACAGUUACCACUGUGAUUACAAGGGGGCCCGAGCUAUAGGCAUGCACAGCUUCCUGGUGGCUGGUCCGGGGCAUUUGGAGCCUGCGGUCAAGGAUUCUGUACCCCAAGAACACAUUCUCCCCUCACUGUCCCAUCUGCUGCCUGCCCUUGUCCGCCUGGAGGGCUCCCCUUGGGGACUUUGAGUCUGGCGAGGGAAGUGGCUGGGCCCAACGAAUACUGGAGACGGGGAGCCCCUUCCUUCCUGAGAUGUGGCCUUGCCCCUCUCCCUGCAGCCUCUGUAACGCAUUCUGACUAUAAAGCAGUGAAUGCGGCCUUCACCCCUGGGCCACCACAGC